CACCCUGGUGUGCACAUUCUGCAGAGAGCCUAUACCUUUAUAGAUGCAUGCUAGCGCAGACGCGGAUAAUCUAAAAAUCAGUUUUUACGCAAAAAAUACAUAAAGAGGUCAGGCUUGUCUAACAGACGUCAGUCAGAUAUCACUCAGUCACCAGUCGCCCGUUAUUUUUUCAUUGGUGGUCACUAUGACAUCAUUAAAUACCGGAGAGGAAUACCGGGAGACCUUAGAGGUUUUGAUUUGGCGAUGAGGAUUUCCUGUCGGAUGCGGCAAACCGACAUCAUUGUUCUGCAGAUAUCGUUACUGAUUGGUCGUUCUGGAAGGACUCUAUCUGUAAAUCAAAGCCAUGGGGAAGGAUUACUAUAAGAUCCUUGGCAUAACUUCAGGCUCUAAUGAGGAUGAAAUCAAAAAGGCCUACAGAAGGAUGGCUCUAAAGUUCCAUCCAGACAAAAACAAGGAUCCCAAUGCUGAAGAGAAGUUUAAAGAGAUAGCAGAGGCUUAUGAGGUUCUGAGUGACCCAAAGAAGAGAGUCAUCUAUGACCAAUACGGCGAGGAUGGUUUGAAAACAGGUGGCACAGGCUCAUCUAGUGGACAAGGGACUACAUAUCACUACACCUUCCAUGGGGAUCCACAUGCCACGUUUGCUUCUUUCUUUGGAGGCUCCAACCCCUUCGAUAUAUUCUUUGGCUCUGGACGCCAACGGGGAACCACCAAUGGCACUAAUGACCAUGGUGGUGAUCAUGACAUGGACAUUGACAUGGAUGGAGAUGAUGAUCCUUUCAGUUCCUUUAGCCACUUUGGCUUCAAUGGUAUCAAUGGUUUUCAUCACGGUGGAGGUCGAAGACAUCGUAAUGAGCCUCUUCAUGGUGGCCGGAAGAAAGUACAGGACCCUCCAGUGGUACAUGAGCUUAAAGUGUCUCUAGAGGAGAUCUUCCAUGGAUGUACCAAGCGGAUGCGAAUCACUCGCCGAAGACUAAACCCAGAUAGAAGGACAAUGAGGACAGAGGACAAGAUCCUUAACAUUGUCAUCAAGAGAGGCUGGAAGGAAGGGACCAAGAUCACCUUCCCCAAAGAGGGUGAUGAGACACCUGAGAACAUUCCUGCUGAUAUUGCAUUUGUGCUCAAAGACAAAGGGCACCCACUCUUCAAAAGAGAUGGAUCCAACAUCAUUUACACAGCCAAGAUUGGUCUUAAGGAGGCAUUGUGUGGCUGUACAGUGAACAUUCCCACCAUUGACAACCGAGCGAUCACAUUGCCCUGCAACGAUAUCAUCAAGCCAGGCACAAUCAAGAGACUGCGUGGAGAAGGCCUACCUUUCCCAAAAAAUCCAUCUCAACGCGGGGAUUUGAUAGUGGAGUUCCAGGUGCGCUUCCCAGACAGAAUACCACACCAGUCCAGAGAGAUCAUCAAACAGCACCUACCACAAUCUUAGAGGAAGUUCAGUGGAUUCACUGUAUGGUUACAUUUUUCAAACCCACCGUUUUCCCCCCAAACACAGAUGCUGAAUUCGAAGAGGGACAAAUAUGUCGUAAGGACUAGAGGCUCAUUUGAUAUUUUGUUACAGUUUUACCUAAUUUAUUAUCACUUUCUCUGAACAUGUGGAACGUUGAUUUUUGGGGAUUUUGAAUUAGUUUGUGUUUAUGCCGAGGCUCAUGACUUUCAACCAGGAUUUUAUUUUUAGAAUUUUUUUUUUUUGUCUUAACGGUUUUUAUUCUCUUUAUCAGCAUGCUGAAGGCAAACACUUACAAGAAAGACAGAAUGACUGAUUUGUUGGAUGGAAGGUUAAUAUUUUUGGUUUAAUGAUGGAUGCAAGGAUAAUCCAACAACAGAUGGCUAUUUAUUCUGGAUUUGAAUCUGUUAUUUUGUAGCAGAUUAAAUUCUCUUUCCUUGUAAUAACCAAUAAUCUCAUUUUAAAUGAAGUGGUCUAUAUAAGACAACUGCAGUGUUGGAGACUUCUGGAUUUUUAGGAUUUUUGAGCACCAGCAGAGCCAUUUGGUAACUUUGAUAUAUUUCCACUCCGUCACGCUUCUCAACAGUCUACAGGUGCUUUCUGGUAGUUCUUGAAGUAUCAGGUUCUGGCAUUUAUGGUGGUGUGAUUACAGGAUUUUUGAGGUCACAGAAAUUUUGAGUGCCUUAAUGUGGCUCAAACCAACUAUUUUAGUUUCAUUAGCAAAGACCUUGAACAAACACUCUAAUCAGAUUGAUUUGUCAUUUCUGUACCCAAAAACAAUGUAUGGCAGUGACCAUCAUUACAGGGAUAGUUUACCCAAAAAGGAGAAAUUGGUCAGAAGAAUUUUGUAGUCAUCUUCAUGGUGCUCUUAACAUAUAAUGUAAUAUUGUUUCUAUAGUACAAAUAAGGAGUUAGCUAGCAGAAUGUGUAGGCUGUUUUUCCAAACAAUGAAAAAUAGAUGAUGAUUUUGACUGUGAAGCUAAAAAAGGUUAAAUAUACUAUAUUCUAAAGUGGAAGAAAGUCCUCACUCUCACUCACUCUCUCUCUCUCUCUCUCUCUCUCUCUCUCUCUCUCACUCACUUUCAAUUUAACAAGAUGCAAAGGAAAAAAAAAACAAUAAAAACAUCACCAUAGGCAAUAUCUUAUAUAGCCAAGUUAUAUUAUAUGUUAAAUAUUUGACACAUCACAUGGAUCAUAGAAAACAAAAAUCUGACCUAGACUGUCUAGUAAAUAUGUACACAACGUAUUUUAUGAAUUGGUCUGGCAAAUCGUCCUUGCUGACAGUUCUUCAUUAUUUUAUUAACUGAGAGAAGGAAAUUUUCAGUGAAUAAGAAAUUCUUUGAAUAAUUCUGGUCUGUUCCUGUGUCAGGAUGUUCUGUCAAAGUUUGUCAGCUGUACUUCAAAAUCACUUUCAUUGUAUGAAAAUGAACAGCCUAAAUAAGACAUCUUGUGUUAUGUGCAAAAGCGGGCAAAAUCAUUUAAAAAAAAUAAAAUAAUGGAGGGAUAGCUAUUGGAAAAUGCUCAUUCAUUUACUUCACUAUACACACCGCCACACACAUUAAAAGAAACCCAAACAUCCUCCAAAGUGCAGCAUGACAGUCUCAGUUUCAGUAAGUUGAAAAACCCAAUUUUAAUCCAAUGUGAAAAAAUGAAAGUGAAUAGAAAGAUGAAAGUGAGAACUGUGAUGUUAAAAGUUUUUCUUUUUAGAAAUGCAGGUCUUCAUUGUUCAGUAAGCACAGCUAUAGCUUUUUUACGAAGUUAUGAGGGAAUUGUUUUUUGAACAGCUUUUUACUACAAUAGUUUCAGUAUACUGUAUUUCACACUUUUAAAUGUGUGCAAUGUGAAAUAAUUUGCAAUAGUUCUGUGUAUUUUAGUUUAGAUUUAUAUAAAGUGCAAAGCUCCCUUUCAAUUGGUUUGUGAUGUACCAUCUUUCUACAGUAACAGCAGCCUUUGAGAAACCGUAUUUUCUAUAUAAACAACAAUUUUCCUAUUUCCAAGGAUCCUUCCAGGAUAUCUCUUAUACAGUCGUAACUAUGUCAUUUAAUAAUUGCUGUAUUUGGUGAUAAAAUGAAAGUACAGAGGAACAUAACCUUUUUAAUGACUAGUAUCAUGUUGUUUUAUUAUGUGCUGGUCUAUGUUUGGAUUGUUGUACCAUUGUACUCAACAGAUUUUUGGACAUCCAACCACUUCUGUUUUGAAUUUGAAUGUUAAAUUUGAAAUGUCUCAUUUUUAUUACUUCUGUCCUCAUGAAUGAGACAGUAUUAAAUGCAGCUCCCUGCACACAAUGGGAGGAUAAAUCAAUGCAGAAUGCAAGCGCUGUGUUUCAGAAAGAAUCGGGCCUUGAAGAGUGUGUGUUAAGUACUAUUGAACUCUAUCAUUUUCAGUACACUUACAGUAUACAUUUUUGGUGCUUUAUGAAUAAUUUAUGAGAACAUGAAAUAAACCAAAAGUCUUGACUGAAAAGAAAA